ACCGCACCACCCACUCUCUAGUCUCCGACUGACUCACUGUAACAGACUCUCUUCGCAGAAAACCAAAAACAAUGGCGGCGAUUUCUUGUCACUGCGCAGUUCCAUCGAAAAAAGUCUCUCUCUCCUCUUCAUCUUCUGCUUUGUCCACCACUCCUCUCUCUCGAUGCUCCCGCUUCUCAGUCGUGUCGGUGCCGUCUCGAGCUAGUCGUGGAAGAAUCUCGUGCCAGAUUUCCUCAUCCUCUGCUACUUCUCCUCCUCCUCCAUCUUCCGUCAACGGUCCAGCAAAAGCAGGGAUGGAGGAUUUUCUGCACAUCAGUGAUUUUGACAAAGCGACUAUUAUGAAGAUCUUAGACCGGGCUGCAGAAGUCAAGGCAGUGAUAAAAUCUGGAGACAGGGCAUUCCUUCCAUUUAAAGGGAAGACAAUGGCCAUGAUCUUUGCUAAACCGUCCAUGAGGACACGAGUUUCAUUUGAGACUGGAUUUUUCCUACUUGGAGGCCAUGCUAUAUAUUUAGGGCCUGAUGAUAUCCAGAUGGGUAAACGAGAGGAAACUCGUGAUGUUGCUCGUGUUUUGUCACGCUACAACGAUAUAAUUAUGGCACGUGUUUUUGCUCAUCAGGACAUUCUUGAUCUGGCAAAACAUGCAACAGUGCCUGUUAUUAAUGGCCUGACUGACUAUAACCAUCCUUGCCAAAUAAUGGCUGAUGCCCUCACCAUAAUUGAACAUGUUGGCCGGUUGGAAGGAACUAAGGUUGUAUAUGUUGGGGAUGGGAAUAACAUUGUACACUCUUGGCUGCUGUUGGCAGCUGUGAUUCCUUUCCACUUUGUCUGUGCUUGCCCUAAAGGUUUUGAACCAGAUGCAAAAACCGUACAGAAGGCACAGCAGGCUGGAAUCAGCAAGAUCGAGAUUACUAAUGACCCACAGGAAGCUGUUAGAGGAGCUGAUGUGGUGUACUCUGAUGUGUGGGCCAGCAUGGGGCAAAAGGAAGAGGCUGCACACCGUCGCCAAGUAUUUCAAGGAUUUCAGGUGGAUGAAAAUCUGAUGAAGUUGGCUGGCCCAAAAGCUUAUUUCAUGCAUUGUUUACCAGCUGAAAGGGGUGUGGAGGUUACUGAUGGUGUCAUUGAAGCUCCAAACUCCAUAGUCUUUCCACAAGCUGAGAAUCGCAUGCAUGCACAGAAUGCUAUAAUGUUACACGCGCUUGGUUUGUAAUCUCGUAUCAGCAUGCCUAAUCCAGUCAAUUUCAUUUCAGUUUGAAUAGUUUUAGGAUUUUGUGGGUAGAACCCGUAGCUCUGCCUAUUUUGUCUCUCCCUUUUGGUUGUAAAAUGGUGUGAACUGAGAAGACGGACGGUACUUCAUCACUGUGGUUGGAACUUUUCGGUUCUUUCCAAGGAACACAGUUAUCUGGCUGCCAGUUUGAGUUACAA